AUGGCGAGUUCCGUCGGCUUUGGGGCGAUAUGGGGAUACGCUGGUGAGCUGACACUUGGCCUGGGGACUGUGGUCGGAGUUCCCGGGCAGCUGCGCCCCACUCGGACGAGGAUGGGUGCCGGUGUCCGGUGGAACUAUGGUCCCUGGGCUCGAAAGGCUGAUGGACCUGGUUUGAGUGUCUGUAUCGAGUUCCACUUGGGCCAGAUACUCGAAGUGGUCGGAGUUCCCGGGCAGCUGCGCCCCACUCGGACGAGGAUGGGUGCCGGUGUCCGGUGGAACUAUGGUCCCUGGGCUCGAAAGGCUGAUGGACCUGGUUUGAGUGUCUGUAUCGAGUUCCACUUGGGCCAGAUACUCGAAGUGGUCGGAGUUCCCGGGCAGCUGCGCCCCACUCGGACGAGGAUGGGUGCCGGUGUCCGGUGGAACUAUGGUCCCUGGGCUCGAAAGGCUGAUGGACCUGGUUUGAGUGUCUGUAUCGAGUUCCACUUGGGCCAGAUACUCGAAGUGGUCGGAGUUCCCGGGCAGCUGCGCCCCACUCGGACGAGGAUGGGUGCCGGUGUCCGGUGGAACUAUGGUCCCUGGGCUCGAAAGGCUGAUGGACCUGGUUUGAGUGUCUGUAUCGAGUUCCAGACUCGAGGUGCGGCUUUUUCGCUUGGCCUUUUCGUUUGCAUUCUUUGGGGCCAUGAGGAUUGGGGAGUUGGUGUGUCCAAGCAGGGCAACCAUUGGGGGAAUCCUCUUCUAGGAUGUCAGGGCUGGGUCUCCUUUAAGAUUCGUUGCUCCAAGACUGACGUGUUUGGUAAAGGUGAAGAACCAGAGGAGCUGAGACUUGUUGGGGGACGCACGAGGAUUUGGUUGGAUAAUGUAGAAUGUACAGGAUCAGAGUCAGCGCUGUGGGAUUGUCAGCAUAAUUCAUGGGGAAAACAUAACUGUGGUCACGAUGAAGAUGUUGGAGUGAUCUGUGCCGAUCACAGAGAUUUCCGUUUAUUGGGUGGACCUGACUCUUGUUCUGGAGAUCUGGAGAUAAAACAUGUUAACAUCUGGGGUUCUACCUGUGAAUUAGAUGAGGAGCUGAGAACAGCCAAUGUUAUCUGCAGAGAGCUGCAUUGUGGGAUAGCGGUUCCGCCCCCAAGGAAUGUCACAUACACAGAGAGAAAAGGCAAAAUCUGGAAUGAAGACAUUAAGUGUGUUGGUAAUGAGGCCAGUCAGUUCCAGUGUCCUACUGUUCCCAGACAUGGGAGAAACUGUACCAACCCAUAUUAUCCUGUCGUCAACUGUCUGGGUUCAUACAGUGACUUCCGUAUUGUGAACAGCAGUGAUACCUGCUCGGGGAGAGUGGAAUUGCUGUACGCAGAGCAGUGGGGGACUCUCUGUAGCUCACACUGGGAUUUACAAGCUGCUAAUGUCCUGUGCAGACAGUUACACUGUGGUAUUGCCAUGUCUCUUUCAGAUGGAGGGUAUUUUGGGAUGAGUAAUGGUUCUGUUUGGAAUGAUAAGAUUCAUUGUAAGGGCACCGAGUCUCACCUAUCAGAGUGCUCAUUCACUGCUCUCGGGAACAGCAAGUGCCCCCUCUGGGAUACAGCAGGUGUGAUCUGUACAGGGAAGGAGGAAGCUUUACGUCUGGUGGACGGGGACAGUCACUGUGCAGGGAGAUUGGAAUUUCUCCAGGAUGGUAACUGGAACAGAGUUAUGGCUGAUCAGUGGGACAUUAAUAAAGGCCACAUUGUGUGCAGAGAGUUACACUGCGGAAAUGCCGACAGCACAUUCACAUUUAAAGCUCAGACUCCUGGCAAUGACUGUGUGACGUGGGACAGUGUUAUGUGUGACGUAAAUAAAACUGAAUCAACUGAUUGUCCUACAAAUCAAACAAGCCCAGCACCAGCGUGUACCGACCAGAACCUGGAUGUGGGGGUCAUCUGCUCAGAAAGCAAAUUAUUGAGAUUGGUCGAUGGUCCAGGUCGAUGUGCGGGCAGAGUGGAGAUCUAUCACCAGGGUGAGUGGGGGACAGUCUGUGAUGACCUCUGGGACCGAGCAGAUGCUGACGUGGUUUGCAGACAGUUGGGCUGUGGUCGUGCCAUCAAUGCCACUACAAUGGCCAAUCACGGCAGAGGAACUGGGAAGAUCUGGUUGGAUGAUUUAAAGUGUGUGGGAAAUGAAACGGCUCUAUGGGAAUGUGAAUCGAGUCCAUGGGGCCAACAUGACUGCGGCCAUAAAGAAGAUGCUGGAGUCAUAUGUUCAGAAUUCCCAGAUCUCAGACUGACUGGUGGAUCUCAUGCAUGUGAAGGACGUCUGGAAGUCUAUUACAAUGGGACCUGGGGGUCUGUUUGCAAUAAUGGCGUGUAUACAGGCUCCAUCUCUGUCUCUGUUAUCUGCAGCCACCUGGGAUGUGGAUCCAGUGGAUCCAGUGAGGAUCGGUUCAGAUAUGGAAUUGGAAAUAAACCAUACUGGCUGGAUGGUAUUGAAUGCCGUAAAAAUGAUAGAUCUCUCUGGCAGUGCCCUUCAAAUCCCUGGUCCCAGGAAUCCUGCAUUGUUUCCGAAAUUGCUCAGAUAAAAUGUGACAGAAUUCCAGAAAAUGAACCUGAGGUUAUUCACUGUCCGUCCUCAGAGAACUGCACUGAUAUGGACAGAGUGCGUCUCAUGGGAGGACAGGACAACUGCUCCGGCAGAGUGGAGAUUUUCUUCCAGGGUGUCUGGGGAACCGUCUGUGAUGACUCUUGGGAUAUGAAGGACGCAGAGGUGGUCUGUAGGCAGUUGGGCUGUGGCACUGCCCAGGCUGCAGUUGGGGGGGCCAUGUUUGGACAGGGCUCAGGUCCGAUCUGGAUGGAUGAAGUGAAGUGUAAAGGUUAUGAAAGAGUUCUCCAGGAUUGUCAGUCUCUGCGCUGGAAUAAGAGCGAUUGUCACCACAAGGAAGAUGCUGGAGUCAACUGCACUUAUCCAAAUUAUCUUUAUGUUUCUGAUGGAUUGAACGAAGGAGACAGUCUUACAGCGGUCGACCAUAAAGAUGUUGCACCUAUAGGAGAAAAUGAGCAAACACCGUACACACCCAGUAUCUUCCCUAUUGUUACCUGCAUUGUUUUGGGGCUUCUCCUCAGUGUGGGGGUGAUUGCUAUAGGGAUCCUGAUGAAAUACCUAUAUCGCUACAGAGAAGCCUUCUCUUCUCUAACGGAUUACAAUCCUGUAUACGAGGAAAUCGAUUACAAUCUGAUAAUCAAUCGACACAAAUCCUCCGGCCGUUCAGUUUAUAACUCCAGAGACUCUGCUAAAAAACUGGAAUAUUAUGAAAGUGAAGAAAAAUUGGACAGAGAACUUGGAAAAGACAAUGACCGUGAUGGAGAUCUGCAAUAUAAUUAUGAUGACGCAGAAAUAGCGGAUCCCAACGACUCAACAAAUGUCACAAUCAGUGAAGAGACGCCGAUUGAGAAGGUUCCUCCAUAUGGUUAUGAGAAUGUAGAAGAGUCAAAUCAGGAAGAAACCACCGUAAUCAAUAAUGGAGAUGGUUCCCACUCUGAGAACCAGACAGAGGAAUAUGGAUAUGAUGAGGCAGUUUCAGGACAUUUCCCUCGACUACUGUACAAAGACGAAACUGCUAUUAAUACCAACGAGGACAAUAACCUUGUAAAAUCAGCCAAAGGAUUUGAGGCAUUGAGUACAAAUAAUAUAUUUAACCAUGGCCCUGAGAUACAUGAUCUUCCAAUCUCCGUUACCAUGGACUAUGAUGAUACAAUGGUGGCCUGACCAGUCUGCUGACCUCCGGAAUUAGUGGACUUUGCCCACUCUUAUCCAACAUGUUACUAAAAUGUUCUGAAGGAGAUGACAUUUAUUGCUUAAAGAAAUGAUAAUCAAAUAAUGUUUUCACGUUCUAUAUAUUCAGAUUAAACAAAAUAAAUAAUAUCCUUCAAUAAAAUGGAAAAUAUGGGAAAUGUAUGAAUUUUACUGGAAUAGCACUAUUUUAGAACAAUGAGCUUUUAUGCCAUUUAUUUUUUAUUAAUUUUAGGGGUUUAUUCAUUCAAGUAAUAAUUGUAAAAAAAAAUGGAGGCCAAAAUAAUAGGUGUGGAAA